GCCCGGAGACCUCGAGCAGCCGCCGGCUCCUUCUGCGCCCUCCCUGCAGAAUUCCGUCCAACUCCGGCCCCCGCGCCCGCUAGUGUCGGCAGAGCAGCGCUGAUCGAUGCCUCCUUCGCUACGCAAAUGGCAAAUCAGCGCGUUGUGAAGGCUGCUGGUGGGGAUGGAGACGGCCGUGCUGCCCUCCCCCGGGACUCUCUCGAGUCAAUGGAGUUUAUGACUUUAACGUAUUUCCUCUCCCCUCCUGAAGAGCAUCUCCUCCGCUGUGCCGCUUUGCCGGCGAGGUUCCAGCCCCCGGUCUGGGAUCUGGGUUUGGGGACGGGAGGAAGCCCCCCGGGAGCCCCUCGCUGACGGAGGAGAGCAGCAGCUGGCGGAGAGGGGCAGCGGGCUGCCGAGAGCGGAGCUCCAAGUGGAAAGCAGGAUUCCUUUCUCCUGCCUCUUAAGGCAGCGACGUCUCCAUCCCCUCCUUUGCUCCCUCCCCGUCCAACCCCGUCUGAUAUAGGGGUACUGGGACCUCAUCCUGCAUCCGGAGCUUCCCAGAGAGACCCAUGAAUCCUUACAUCAACUGCUUCAGCCCUGAGCUCCCCCUGUCCCAGCAAGACUUCCCCAUGGAGCCCCCCAGCCCCGACCUCUGCAACAGGACUCACUCUGACGCUUUAUUCGACCCCAAAGACGCCAACCUGACGGAGGAGCAGCUGCGACAUAAAUACUUAGGGCCUCGGAGAUCCAACUUCUUCAUCCCUGUCUGCGUGAUCUACCUGCUGAUCUUUGCUGUGGGGGCAGUGGGCAACACACUCACCUGCAUCGUCAUCCUCCGGCACCGCUUCAUGAGGACACCCACGAAUUACUACCUGUUCAGUCUGGCUGUGUCUGACCUGCUGGUGCUGCUGCUGGGAAUGCCGCUGGAGCUGUAUGACAUGUGGAGCAAUUACCCCUUCCUGCUGGGGGCUGGGGGCUGUUACUUCAAGACGUUGCUCUUUGAGGCCGUCUGCUUCGCUUCCAUCCUCAACGUCACCGCCCUGAGCGUGGAGCGCUACAUUGCUGUGGUGCACCCACUCAAAGCUAAGUAUGUGGUGACCAGGAACCACGCCAAGAGGGUCAUCAUCACCAUCUGGGUGGUGUCAGUCAUCUGCUCCAUCCCCAACACCAGCAUCCAUGGGCUGCAACCUCUCUAUGUGCCUGGCCGGGGCCGCGUGCCUGAUUCAGAGAUCUGCACCCUGGUGAAGCCACGCUUGACCUACAAUCUCAUCAUCCAGAUCACUACCAUCGUCUUCUUCUUCCUGCCCAUGGGGACCAUCAGCAUCCUCUACCUGCUCAUCGGCCUGCAGCUCAAGAAAGAGAAGAUGCUGGAGGCCCUGGGGGCCAAGUCCAGUGGUGACAAUGACUAUCACAGAGUCCAGGGACAGAAGAAGGUGAAGAGGAGGCAGGUCACGAAGAUGCUGUUCGUGCUGGUGGUGGUGUUUGGGAUCUGCUGGGCCCCCUUCCACACCGAUCGUCUCGUCUGGAGCUUCAUCUCCACCUGGACUGGCCCCAUGCUCCACAUGUUCCAGUACGUCCACAUCAUUUCAGGCAUCUUCUUCUACCUGAGCUCGGCCGCCAACCCCAUCCUCUACAACCUGAUGUCCACCCGCUUCCGUGAGAUGUUCAAGGAGGUGAUGUGUCACCCCGGCCAGCACCCGCCAGGCUCAUGCAAGCACUCACCCAGUGUCACCCAUGCCACCACCCGUAGCACUGAGUGUGAGCCCAUGCCCAGUGCCAAUGGGCUGCCCCUCUCUGAUGCUGAGGAGUACGAGAUGGAGGAAAUGAAGGAGCUGGAGGAGAUGGAGGAGAUGGAGGGUGGCCAGGCUGUCACACAUGCCACAUCCCUCUGCUGAAUAGCAAGAGGACAUGGAGGAACCAAAACAGCUUCCCCACCAUCAGCACUGGCAUCACCAUCACCACAGCAUCCAUCUGCAGGAUGGAGGGAAGCAAUGGGGCCGUGCAUCACCGUGCUGUUCCAGCAGGAGCAGGGCUACUUCUCCAGGUGUGCUGCCAGGCUGCUUCUCUUGGCUGCUCCAGGGAUAUGGAGACCAUCCCUUGCCUCACUAUGACCAGGCUGCAUUGCAUCCUCUGCACUCAUCACUGGGGCCAGACAAAGUGAGGACAUCAUGGUGUCACAAGGCCCCCCUCAUCCCCACCCUGCAUGAGCUGUUCCUCACCAAGAAUCACAAAUCAGAGCCAUUCUUCCUCAAUUUGUGCCCUAAUUGCAUUCCCUGGGACUCAGACCUGUCCCCAGUACCCCGCUAUCCUCCCACGUGCUGACAACAGUAAUAGGCACCGUCCCUUCAUCCCCCUCCUGCAUAUCCACACAUCUUUGUGCAAUAAAUUUGCCGGGGAAGGUGAUGAUGGCAGCU